CGUUAAUCACAUGGAGAUUUUGGAAAAUUUUCUGAUACUCCUCAGUAGAUCUUCCUUCGUCUUCCUGUGCACGUCGAUUUGUUGAAAUUAUCCCCAGCGGCCAACAAUGAGCAACUCACCAAAGAAGUUUCAGGAAUGCACGUGGCUUAGCUUCCCUGGCUAUGUUUACGAUCUCGUGGUGUCUGCAAUGGAUGUAGCUCUGAAGAAACUCUGUCUGAAAGAUGUCCUUCAACAUUUAGUGCAUUUCUCAAAGGAGUACCCACUCUUAUUCGUCGCGGCUCUGGCAGUUAUCCUGACCACAACGUUUCCCAUUACAAUCUUCUUUCUCUUUGUCAUGUGUUCAGUUGUCUUUGGCUUCACGGGACUCGUGAUAGUUGAGGGCGCAUUGAUAACAACUGGAUCUUUGGUGAUUUGUGGCUUCAUAGGCAGUAUGAUUGUGGUCCUCUUGUUUGCAGCCAGUUCCUUGGUGGCCGGAUACUACGGACUGGCCUACAUCACCAAUUUCUUUUAGCUGCUACUUGAAUGAUUUGAGUAAAUCCCUGUAAUACCAGCAAGUUAUGGUAGAUUACACAGUUGUACUGGUAGAAUUUAAACCCACCUCCCAAUAAAUCCAGGUUUAUUUUGUAA